CUAAUUUGAACGAAUGUGUUCUCUUCACGGUUAGAAUUUAAGCUGAACAUGUCACUCAAUAUUCAAGGAUAGUCACGGAGUGAUUGGAAGGAAAGCUCAGGAUUUGAUUUGGUUUCAUUCACUACGGAUGGAGAUUGUUUCAAAGCUUCGUAAUCACAUUACCGCAAAAUCUUGCUUAAACCUUCCAGGUUCAAUUUCCGUUGUUUCACUCACAUCGGCUGAAACAGUCUUAAAUAAGCAUAAUUUAACUCAGUCAAUUGAAGUGGAUAAACGUACGAGUUAAGAUCAUGAGAAAUUAUUUGGUUUGACUAAAGUAUGUGACAAAAAGUACGUCCUAGGAUAAAUUUUCGUCAGUAAGUGCGCAUGGUAUGAAGUCUUUUUUGAUUGUUUUAGAACAGUUAGAUUUGAAUUGGAAUUUUUCUUUUUGUCCUUGAACUUGCUUCAAACAAAAAUUUCUAAAAAUUCCUGGGGCUCUUUUCUGAAUCAAAUUCUUUAUCGUUCAGUUAAGUCUCGAAAAACAGACAAAAUUUUCAAUUUUUGAAGAUAAGUCAACCUGUGUAAUAAAUUGGAACAAUUUUAAUCAUCUGGAACAAAUCGAAAACGCUUCAGGCGAAACAAUUGUCGACUUCGUCGCAAAGAAAGUUCAUUAUGCUUUUUUCACCAAAAAGCUCACCGGCAAACUUGAUUUACACUUACAUGUCUAUUUUUUAUCGUUUUGAUUAGUACAACUUCUUCUUAUUUCAGUCGAUAUGUUACUGCUUAAUAAUCAGCCAAGUUGUUACUUUGAAAUUGAAUUUGUUUUGUCAUCAUGGGUGUGGUUUUGCAGUCAGCAUUGCUAACCUCCAAAUUCGUACAAUCAUUAAGAUUUCGUCCGUAAUGUACUUGACACUCGCAGUAAAAGUCUUUCCACUGGAAAAAAUGCAUCCAUUAUGAAUAUUCUUCCCAAUAAAGAUGAAAACUGCAUGCAAAGCAAACAAAAAUCUUUGUAUGUGGUAUGGGGCUUUUGUAAUUUUAUGCACGCGAGCGAGUGAUGUUUGAUCCGCGCUAUGGCAUCCGCGGCCGCGUGCGUCAAACGGCGGGAAAAUGACGCGUGUACUUGAGUCGUGUGUCACGUUCGUCCACUCUGCAUUUUUUACCGCACAAUAGAAGGGAUGUGGUAUCGAAAAUUUCCCGUUAUAAACAAGUGGUCGAGGAAAUCUUUUGAUCCAGUAAAAGCCACAAUUGUCUCGUUAAUGACAAACCUUAUCACAAUUAAACUGCAGGAAAGUGCAAAACGGCUUAGGAUGGAUUAAAACGAUAUUAUGAUAAAAUGUUGGAAUCAAGUGGCACUCUAGGCCAUAGAUAUUACAACAAUGACAGAUUUUCUAGCGAAUUGCUUUGUAAGUCUGGCUGUUCUAAUGUCUUCUCGAAACAUUUUCUACAAACGAUAGAAGAAAACGCUCGUUUUAAUUAUACACUUGAAUUAUUUGUUAGCCACAUGGGUACAAUACAAGAAAUCCGUUGCACAAUCGCUUUCUGAGCAAAGCCGAUGGUUACACAAAGGGCAACAUUCAAACGCCAUAACUUUUGUUGACAGUCAGAUCAAACUUAAAGCGUAAAGCUUUUCGAGUUUCUUUGUUUCGGCGGCAGUUGCCAUGGUGACCAAAAAUCCUUUUGUUGAAGGUGGCAAGGGUUCAAUUAGUAGCCGUGCCGUGAUUGGUCGCGACUGGCACGAGAGAAAGAAACAGAGAUAAUUAUUUAAUUAAGAUCCGAAUGCGUGGGUUGAGGCAAUAAAUGACGUAACAACUUCACUCGCUCGCGCCUGCUGAGCAUUAAUAAUUCAUGAAUGAUUUCAGGAACCGUCAAAUGGCAAUAACAAGUCUUUUGUGUUUGACUGCAGACCUCAUUCUAAUUAUGCACCUCAGUUGAUAACUACAGAUGCUUUCGCUCAAAUAAUCCGCCGCAGACAUCUACAUUCACCCUUCUUUUGCAUGAACUAAUGCUCUCUGUGUUUCUAGACAAAGCGAUCUAAAAGUCGGUGGUUCUUCUUUUGCGAGUACCAGGUUCUUCGUUCUGACUCAACGGGAGGUGUAUAGCUGACCGCACGGGUCGUAUUUUACAGUUUACAAAUCGGAGCGAAUACAAAGUCGCGAUGCCCAGCACGAGGAACAGAAGUCGUGUACCUGACCAGUCAAGCAAUAAAAUCGGCGUGAGCGAUUUUGAAAAGAGAGAAUUCGUCUCGCGAGUGAAAAGAUGUAAACUUAAAACGAAAAAAACGCCUAACAACAAGAAAUUACAUGGGCAAUUCGAGGAACAGACCGAAGACACCGAGUUGAUAAUGAAAGAUAGCAAGGCAAGAGUUCCGAAAACGAAGAAAGAACAACUAACGGAAACAUUGCUUUGGCUUGAAGAAAACUAUGUAAUGUGUGAAGGUGUCUGCCUUCCACGCUGUAUUCUGUACGCUCAUUAUCUGGACUUCUGUCGAAGGCAUAGUGUCGAUGCAGCAUGUGCUGCAACGUUUGGAAAGACGAUACGACUGAAGUUUCCUCAACUAACCACAAGAAGGCUGGGAACCCGCGGUCAUUCAAAAUAUCACUACUACGGAAUAGGUAUCAAGGAAUCCUCUGCUUAUUAUCACUCGGUAUACUCAGGCAAAGGUUUAACGAGAUUUUCUGGGUCAAAAGUCAAGAAUGAGGGCUCAUUUUCAGUUCGAAAAUACUCACUCAGCUCCAAAACUGGAACACUGUUACCAGAUUUCCCAAAUCCAAGGCUACUGGAGUUACCGGAGAAAAUAUCAUUAGAAAAGGUUGAAACGUUCGUAGUUAUGUACAAGACUCACUGUCAAUGUAUACUGGACACUGCAAUUAAUGCAAAUUUUGAUGAGAUAAAAAAUUUUCUUCUCCAUUUUUGGCAAGGAAUGCCCGAUCACCUUCUGCCACUGAUGAACACAGAGGUCGUUGCUGAUGUCAUUUGUGUUUGUGACUCAAUUUUAUACAAGGUUCUCAUGGAUGUUUUGGUUCCAUCUACAAUGCAAGACGUGCCAGAAGGUCUCCUCGCUGAUAUCAGGACCUUCGCGAGACAUUUGGAGUCCUGGGUAAUAGCUGCUACAGUUGAGCUACCGGAUUAUCUUAAAAUGGGAAAAAUUCAAGCUGUGAGACGUUUUGUUCAGUCCCUGAGAAGACAGACAUCUUUCCUGCAUCUUGCACAGACCGCACGACCCGUUUUAGCAAAUCAAGAGGUUGUCGAUCACAUGGUUAAAGACGUUGAGAAGCUAGACAAUGGAAACAGUGCAAGACAAACUGUUCACACAAAGACUGAGAAGGAAUGCGAGGAUGGGUUUGAUAAUGAAUUUCUCCAAGAUUUCGUGGAACUGCUGCGGGAACAAGCUCCUUUGGAAUCUUACGUGGAAUGGCUAGAUAGACUGGUCGAGACAAAGAUUAUUAGGCCCUGCGAAGGCACUAGUGACGACUUCAAAAGCCGAGCCCAGGAGUUUCUUUUAAGAUGGUCAUUCUUGGGAGCGAGGCUGAUGCACAAUCUUACGCUGAACGCCUCGACGCACUUCGGUUCAUUUCACCUCAUCAGAAUGCUUCUUGAUGAGUAUAUGCUGCUCGUUAUUGAAACAAAAUUCUACAACGAAACGGAGGAGAAGCUACAAGAAAUGUUGGACAGGCAUCUCAAAAUGGGUGAGGGAGUCGACAAAGAAAAAUCUCCGCUUCGAGUACAAACCGUUGUGACAAAAACAAAGUUCACAGUUCCCGAUAGCGUUGUACUCAACGGAGGCAAACUGCCUCCUAAGAUUGAAGUCGAAGAACCUGAAUACACUUGUCGUCCGUCCAAUCGCAACAAGCGGACGAAGUCACGUGAUCACCUAAAUGGCGUGAAACCAAGGCCCAAGAAACUGUCCUCUCAUCGCCUGAGCGCAUGCUCUAUGAUGAGUGAACCGAUGUCGCCUGCGAUGAAUGGUUUCCCGCCCACACCGCUGGAGUCGACCGCCUUCAUUAUGCCGUCUCCUAAGGAGAAUUACUUUCCUGGUCACAAUGGAAUGCCUCAAGCGCCUGUGCUCACGCCACCUGUGUCACCAGCGGUUUCGACAGGAUUACCCAGAAACGCUCUAGGGAACAGCAACUUCUCACAAGUGACGUACACAGCCUUAGGCGAGAAAAAGCAGCCUUGGGGAUAUGCCAUACACGGCGAUGUAAACCCUUCAUCUGAGGCGAUUGACAGCCUGGUUGCGCAGCACUUCAAUAACUGCGGGCUUGGUGGAUUCGUGGCGCCAAAUCGGUACCAGGCUCCGGCGACUAACGAGAGUUGUUACAUGGCUAAUGGCUAUGAUCACAGUCAACAGUACGUUGAAAAUGGUACUGGUCAUUCAGGUCCCUCGCCAUAUCACGCGAUGAUGAAUCACGCAAACGUACCUUAUCCACAAGUAAUGCAAGGCUACUAUAUGCCAGUCACGCAACACGCAUCACGCAAUCACGUGGAGCACGUGAGCACAAGCGCAGAAGUUCCUUUGAUGGCCUGCAGUAUGGUUUACUCUGAAGCGCCAGGAAUGUUGGAUGAGGGAGUCGGGGUCGGGGAACACACGGACGAAAAUGAGGAAUACAUCAACAUGACAGUCCACAAGCUGUUUAACGGCGACUGUGAGUUGGAAAAGAUGGAUUGUGUUGAUGAACCAGGAAUACUUCCUUCUAUCAAUUCACUUCUUACAGAAGCAGCCAUUUAGAUAUCACAAAGAUAGAAACUGAAAAACUUUUUCCUUCGAAAAAAUGUACAGAAACAAAUCCAGAGGAUAUUUUGCGCGAUCUUCUUAUCACUUACGGCUUGAACAUGGCAAUUUCGAGAGUAAAUUCCAACAAUUUUAUUUGAUGAACUUUUUUCGCGCUGGAAAUUCCCUGAAAAAACUAAUCUUGGUCAUUUUGAAACAGCAUUGUUUUGGAUAAACGGACCCAAGGAGAUCAAUCAAAACUCCUCAACUUUCCCUGUAAUAAUUUUAGAAAAAACGUUCAGCAUAUUUUGGAGAACAGCACGUCAUGAAGUUCUCAUCGGCAACUACAGUUGUCGAGCUCGUUCAGAUUUACUCUUAAUUAUCUAUAACCUGUCAAAAAUUCACUGAUGAUAAAUUAUGAUUCAAACGUAAUAGAGAGUCGUGUUCAGAAUCUCUAAAAUAUUCACCAAAAAUUUGCAAAAUUAUCGGCUUAAUUGUAUUUCAAUCAUUCGUUUAGGUUUCGCUUAUCCCUGUCAUAUAAUUGUUUUUGUUAUCACUACGUAUGCUAACAAGUUAGAUAGGAAAUUAGAUCAUGAUUUUAAAUUUUGAUUUUAGUGGUUAAAUGAUAUAUCACAUAUUUGAAAAUAAGGAUGAAAAUAAUUCUGAGAUGAACGAAUGAAAAUGAUUGAUAAGAAUUAGAAAUUUCAAUGAAACACAUUUUGUAAAAUAGGAAAUAUCAUGAAGCGACAUAUUUUUAUACCGUAGCUUAUUUUUGUGUAUAUUUCAUAUUUUAUAUGGCUGUAUUUUUGUAUUUUAAACACUUGUUCCUACUCCGACUUUAGUUGUAUUACAUGUUCUUUUGUAGACGAAAAGUUCAAGGAAUAUAUUGUUAAUAAAAUUGAGACUUUUAUUUGUUAGAA